CACCGAUUUUCUUCAAAGUAGCAACUCUGCCGUCAAUCCCCCUUGCCCCAACCUCUCACUUCUCCAAUCCUUUCUUACCAGGGCUGCUUCUUCGACCUACCCUCAUCCCUCUCUCCUCCCCUCCAGCUCACCCUCUUCACCGGGCCUCAGGGGCUUCCUCGCCCCUCUUUCUCCACUCUUCUCUUUCCCAUCCCAUUGCUGGAGGUUCUGUACAGAAGCUGGCCGCGCCUUCUCCUCGUUCCUGAAUCCUUUGAGACGUCUUUUAGGUUGGGGAGGCGAGGGACAGCGGUGGCUGAGGAGGAGACUAAGUGCCUGGCCCGCACCGGGAGCCGGGAGCCUGACGUCACCGCGCCCUGUCAAUCUCCCGCUGGCGCGCUGCUCGCAGAAGCCUUUUCUGCAACUGUCUCUCACUUGCGGCAGCGCCGGCACAGCUACAGGCACCCGGAGCUCUGCUCCGGCCCGGCCCCGGCCGCCUCCCGCAGGCAGCGGCUUGGUCCGCGCGGGGAGCGCAGCCCGGCGCCCCGCCACGGCGCCCAUGACCAGCGACUUCCUUAAGUCCUAAUCUCAGGGUGCAGCCUCCCGCCGCGAUGAACGCGAGCGCCUCCUCGCUCAACCAGUCCCAGGUGGUGGCAGUGGCGGCCGAGGGAACGGCUGCGGCGGCGACCGCGGCGGGGACGCCGGACACCGGCGAAUGGGGUCGCCCUGCAGCGGCGGCGGCGCUGGGGGGCAGCAGCGGAGCUAAUUCGUCCCUGGAGCUGUCAUCGCAGCUGCCCGCGGGGCCGUCGGGGUUGCUGCUAUCGGCGGUGAACCCGUGGGACGUGCUGUUGUGCGUAUCCGGGACUGUGAUCGCGGGCGAGAAUGCUCUGGUGGUGGCACUGAUCGCGUCCACUCCGGCGCUGCGCACGCCCAUGUUCGUGCUGGUGGGUAGCCUGGCCACCGCCGACCUGCUGGCGGGCUGCGGCCUCAUCCUACACUUCGUGUUCCAGUACGUGGUGCCCUCGGAGACCGUGAGCCUGCUCACCAUAGGCUUCCUUGUGGCCUCCUUCGCUGCCUCGGUCAGCAGCCUGCUGGCCAUCACGGUGGACCGUUACCUGUCCCUCUACAACGCGCUCACCUACUACUCCCGCCGGACGCUGUUGGGUGUGCACCUCCUGCUGGCCGCCACCUGGACGGUGUCCCUAGCCCUCGGGCUGCUGCCGGUGCUCGGCUGGAACUGCCUGGCGGAGCGCGCCGCCUGCAGCGUGGUGCGGCCGCUGACGCGCAGCCAUGUGGCGCUGCUCUCCGCGGCGUUCUUCGCGGUCUUCGGUGUCAUGCUGCACCUGUACGUGCGCAUCUGCCAGGUGGUCUGGCGCCACGCACACCAGAUAGCGCUGCAGCAACACUGCCUGGCGCCGCCGCAUCUCGCUGCCACCAGGAAGGGCGUGGGUACGCUGGCGAUAGUGCUAGGCGCUUUCGGUGCCAGCUGGCUGCCCUUCGCCAUCUACUGCGUGGUGGGCAGCCGCGAGGACCCGGCUGUCUACACCUACGCCACCCUACUGCCCGCCACAUACAACUCCAUGAUCAAUCCCAUCAUCUAUGCCUUCCGCAACCAGGAGAUCCAGCGUGCCCUGUGGCUCCUGUUGUGUGGCUGUUUCCAGUCCAAAGUGCCCUUCCGCUCCAGGUCCCCAAGUGAGGUCUGAAGGCUGCCCUCCUCUCACCAACACCACACCCCCAACAAGCCAGCCUUUGGUGAGCGUCUCAAUAACUGCUGGUGAGCUCUGAGAUCCCACCAGUGUGAAUGAAUCUGACUUUGAAAAGAAAGAGUAAAUGAAAAACAAUAAAAAACAGAAAGCUAAACAAAUGCAACAAACUGACGAGGACAAAGAGGCUUGCUGGCACUUUACAUAUACAGUGUAUACAUGUGUACAUAUAUAUACAAAUAUUUGUAUCUCCUGGAGGUGUUCAGGAUGUGGAGCUUCCUGUUCUGUGAAAACCUAACAAAGAUGUGGUUGUAUACUCAAAUUGUACAUCACAUUUGUCAAGUGAAGACAUUUCAAUACUGCUUAAUUAUAGCACUUUAUUUUUAGCUGCUGAACUGCCAAAACAGUGUUGCCAUUUUCAAGGGCAGGGGAAAGAGUAAAAGGUGUAUUUUUGUUGUAUGUGAUAGAAUAUUUUGCUGCACAUGCAUCAAUAAAUUACAACAUAUUUUGUACACAAAUAAACACAUUACAAAAAGGUAAA